AUGACAGGCGGGAAGGCGAAGCCCCUCAAGGCCGCCAAGAAGCAGAACAAAGAUCUGGAUGACGACGACAAGGCUUUCCACGAGAAGCAGCGAGCCUACGAGAAGGCUAAGAAGGAGAUGGCCGCCAAGGCCGGCGGCAAAGGCCCUCUUAACACCGGUGCUCAGGGCAUCAAGAAGUCAGGCAAGAAAUAG